AUGGGGGACACUCCACUAGCAUCAUUGUCUCUGACUCAUGUCCAUUAUAACCCUGAGGACCAACUGUCCUUUGUUUCAGCAUGGUUGGCCCUGAUCCCACAGGCACUAUGUGUCUCCUAUGCAACUUUGAUUUGGUCAACAAGAGAGGUGGAAGUCAUCAUGAUGUUUGUAGGACAGAUGGGGUGUGAAGCCUUGAACUUUGUCCUCAAACGUUUCAUUAAGGAAGAGCGACCGAAGGAAAUGUUCGGCAAGGGAUAUGGAAUGCCCUCUUCACACGCCCAAUUCAUGACCUUCUUCUCCGUCUACCUUACCUUCUUCCUUCUCUUCCGUCACAGCAAAGCUUCCGCCAGCUCCUACCCCAAUGCUGCCGUCCUCCUCCGAGUUCUGGUCAUGCUGGCCCUUUGCAUUGGAGCUGCUGGUGUGGCUGCUAGCCGGGUUUACCUCAACUACCAUACCCCGAGACAAGUCCUUGCUGGCUGUGCUGCCGGAUUUGUAUGCGCUUGUGGCUGGUUCGUGGUCACCAGCCUACUUCGAAGCUCUGGCUUGGUGGAAUGGGCCAUGGAGACUACCGUGUCCCGCCUGGUCAGAAUCCGUGACCUUGUCGUGAGUGAGGACCUGGCUGAGGCUGGCUGGCAACGUUGGGAGUCUCAGAGAUUGAAGCGUCGCGGUCUUAGUAAGAAGUCGCAGAACACAGAACUCAACAAGUCCUCAAUGAUGGACGUAUCUUCAGAUCCAUCCGAAGCCACUAUGGAGGAGCAUCAUAUUGUCAAGGCAGAUGAGGUUGACCAAACUGGGACCGAUAUAUCGCCAGUUUCAGACGACCAACUCAUGGAGGAGGUGGCUGAGGGGCUCCGCCAGGAACAGGCCUCACAGGCUGCACCCGCUCCUGAGAUGGCGCCCCCUGCGCCCGAAAAAUCCUUUAAACGACCUGAACUUCCUCCCGCCCAGGAGACUACGGAUCGGGGUGCAAGCUCCCUGAGCUUAUCGGACUUGCGGAAGCUUGUGGGUGAAAUGCCCAAGAUUGAGCAACCAGCCUAUGCCUUUGAAUAUGCCGACGCCCAAUCGUUCCCUGAUGAGCUCGAUGAGUGGUUCCAGUAUAACGCCUUUGAUCGUGUCAUGUUGACGGGGACAAAAGCAACUUUUAACCAGAAAUGGCCUACGUUUUGCCAGCAACGCCAACGAGACACACCCGGGUUGUCUUGGCUUGACGCAUCCAAGGACUUACGUCGAUCGUUUGUCUCUCGGGUGCUUGAAGAUUUGCAGCUUGCUGAAGUCUCCGCGCGAUUGGAAGCCCUUGAAACCAUUUGCUAUGUCGUCACUGGUGUAUGGGGUCUCAGCGGUGGGAGUGUAGCGCCUGACUAUCAUGAGGGGGGAAAUUCAGAGUCAGCAACCGAAACGCCACUGCUCAAGUCAAUGCAAAUUCAGUGCAUCGAGCAGAAUGUUUCUCUUCUCCAGGAAUGCUCGGGCGUUACCGCAUUGGUGCAGUACAUGUGCCGCCUUUUUGAUAAGACCCGCUCGGCACUCGGAUCGGACUCCAAUGACGUUGAUUACGAGCGGAUUAACCCUGGUGAUAUCGCGGCACCGGAGCGUGAGGCCAACUUAAUUCUUACAAUUUUAUACUUUGCCGUGGAAGUGGGUCGCAGACAACAGGCGCGCGACCCUCAGUGCAGCUCGAUACGCGAUGCACUGACUAGCUCAAACCCCAGUCUAUUGGUCUCCAUUGUCGAAAUCAUUGCCCGAUUGCGCUGGGACGAAUCUGCCAAUAUUCCACUUACUAGAAUCCUACUGUUGUUGUGGAAGUCACUCCUGCUCGUCUUUGGCGGGACUGAUGAUUUAAAACGUGCAAAGGAAAUACUAGAGCCUGCUGCUUCCCCUGAGAAGGAUGAUUCGAAACGCAGGACCCCAUUUUUACACGCCUCCCCUCUGGACUACCAUCUCUUUCGUCAGGAAAUCACUUCCAAAUACCCAGCUUACAAUCCUCCGCCACUCGUCGUUCCACUGGAAUUGGAAAACAAUUCAAUUCUACCCCCUCUUCCACAUAAUGUGGCCAGGAUGAAUGCGUCCAGUGGUAUCUUUUGCGGUGUUGCCCCAUCGAUCUCCGGUGGAAAUGGCUCUAUCCUUCAACAAGCUGUUCAUAUUGCAACCCCGGCCCCAUCUCCACCGCCAUCCCCCGCUGGCCCAGGAGGGAAAGCUGGGAAAAAGCAGAACUAUCAGACCAAUCAAAAUUUCCCAUUCAUGUACCCUCCCCUAGAUGAUUCUAGCAACCGCAUUGGCGGGAAGGGUACAACUGAACGCCAGGACACCUUGGUUGGAAAGAAAUGGGAAGGCAGCGAUGUCCCUGCGUCAAUCAUUGAAGCCGGAAAGCUCUUUUCGACGCAUGUGAAAAUGACCCGUGCGAUGCGACAACUUUGGCAGGAACGUGAACAUUUUAUGCAGUACGACCGUGGCUGGAAUUCCGAGGACGCUGCUCACUUCCCUGAUAAUAUCUCAGAUGACCUACCAGAUGAUUUUGAAGAUCUGGACUUGUCGAGUGACGAGAAGGCCGAGCCUAAGCCCAAGCCAGCAGAGAAAGAAACAGAUGAUCCUGAUAUUCAGCGGCGCCUAGAUGCGGUUGACUCGUUUUAUACCCAUACUCUAUCUCACCUUCAGUCCAUCACCAUCGUAUUUUUGAAAAUCAUCCUCACAAAUGUCAGCGCAGUGGUCAGUCAGGCUACUAGUCAGACUACGCAGGGCAUGAGUAACAGUCACUCCAUGAAUGGCUCCUCUCACAACCUACUUUCUGAUGCAUCCAUCGAUGAGUUAGACAACAUUCGACUCCGCGAGAUCACCGGGAAAGCCGUGUCUGGAAUUCUGUUGCUUCUGCUUAAGUGGUUUAAACGAUCUCAUAUCUUGAAAUUUGAAUAUAUGACACAGCUAUUGCUUGACUCAAACUACAUCCCCUUGAUUCUCAAGAUGUUUGCACAUCAAGAUGUUGAUCAAACGGUGGCACAUAAGAAUGACCGCGAAGACUUGUCCUUCUUCCACUUCUGUAAAAGCAACACCGAUGUACCCCCGGAAACCGAAGAGGACUCCUGCGGUGACACCGAAAGCGAAGAUGAAGCCAUGCCACCCCCAAUCGCCCGUCAUCGCCUGGAUCCAACAGCAAACGGCAGCAUGCCAGGAUUUCCUGAGGAGGAAUCCCUCACCGAUAUCUUCAACGGACCGGCACGCCCCGAAGUCGACGAAUUAGGCUACCCAACCGCGCCCCUUCCCAAAGAGCCUAUCAAAGUAUUCUCCUUCCGCAACUUCUUCUCCGCCAUCAACUACCUACACGUCAUGCAAAAGAUCACUCGCAACAAAGCCCACCGCUGCCUCCUACUAGUGCAGUAUAAAUCAAGCAACAUCCUCCGCAAGGGCCUCAAGAUCCCAGACCCACACCUCCGCUUCUACACCCUCAAACUUUUCAAAUCCCAAGUCCCCUACUGCGGCCGCAAAUGGCGCCAGAGCAACAUGCGCGUGAUCACUGCUAUCUACCUGUACUGUCGCCCCGAGCUGCGCGACGACUGGCUUGCGGGUUCUGACGUUGACGCUGAGGUUGAGGAGGCUUUGCCGUUGGAACAGGCGCUUCGUGGUCUUACCCACUGGUGGCAUCUGCGUCAGUACAAGGAUGUCAUGGGCGGUGAGGAGGGUGCGUCUAUGAUGGAGGAAGAACGUGAUUUCUUCGUUCGAGAACUCGAGUCUAUGGGCUGGGGUACUGCUGAUGAGAUGCUUGCUGGGACUUGCGAGGAGGAAGUCAGUGCUCCUAUGAUGCAGCAGGGCAGUGAAUGGGAGGGCGUGCCGCUGCCAAUGGAGGGGUGGUCGUGA